CUCCUAUGGUUUAUUGGUGACUUGCCUACUAAUGGCUACGUAAGCGUUGUUGGGCCAUGGGCCUUAUGUAAGCUGUGGGAAAUAUGGGGGCGUGCCUCAUCUGCCUUUAUAUUUUCGUCAUCGAUAAUGAUGCGUGCAUAUGCCUUCGACGUGGUUUUCAAUCGUGGAAAGCCCUAUCGGGGUUGGGCUAUAUUCGGGCCAGUCUUACUAAUCGCCACGGCUAUUCUUGCAUACGAUAUCGCUGGGCAGAUAAUCGAGGACCGUCUUACAGUGUCCUUACUCCAUUCUCUUCAAGUCUGCUAUUAUGCUGAGGCAUUUCGUAUUUCGAGUCUAUCAAUCGUAUGGUUUUGGUGGCUCUUGGUUAUAUUCUUCACUGUCCGCAUCCGUAAAAUCCAUUCCUCAUUCAACGAAUUCCGGAACUAUACAUACAUGAUCACCAUAGUUCUAUCCUUUGUACUUGGGACUACGAUUCUCCAUAUCGUGUUUCCCAAAUACCCGCUAAACAGGGUUGUACGGAUUAUUACCACGGCAAGCGACAUUAUCAUGUGUAACAGCAGCAUCUGGAUCAUAGUCGCACACCCCACAUACAAAUGCAUGUUUGACCACGACCGAUAUCUGGAUGAGUGGUACACAAAGCUCCGCCGUGACGGACUCCAGCGCGCAUAUGAAAUGGAUUCAGACCAAGCUGAUGGCGCGAGUAGUGAGGAACACUCUUCAACUGAAAAUCCUCCACAGAGCCCCGGCCAGCAGACCACCGACGAGCAGACUACCAACCAGCGAACCACCGACGAGCAGACUACCAACCAGCGAACCACUGACCAGCAAACUACCAACCAGCAGACUGCCAGCACUGGACAAGCCGUGAAGGCAGCAGGGUAGCAAUAUGGAUUGAGAAUAUACUAUUUGGAUUUUGAACACUAC